CCGGGGCGCGGGCGCCACUGCAGCAGCUCCGGCUGCCGGCUGCCAGCCCGGCGCUCUCCAGCCCGCCUUCCGCCCGCUCUCCUCCCUCACGCAUCCUUCCAAUUCUCCUUUUCCUCCUCCCCUUUUCGUUGACCCCUUCUCUUUUCUGCUGUCGCCUGGGGUGCUCCCCCAGCGGAGCGGAGAUUACAGAGUGGUCGGGAUGCCCCAACUCUCCGGGGCAGGCGGCGGCGGUGGGGGGGACCCGGAACUCUGCGCCACGGACGAGAUGAUCCCCUUCAAAGACGAGGGCGAUCCCCAGAAGGAGAAGAUUUUCGCCGAGAUCAGUCACCCUGAAGAGGAAGGUGACUUAGCCGACAUCAAGUCUUCCUUGGUUAACGAGUCCGAAAUCAUCCCGGCGAGCAACGGACACGAGGUGGCCAGACAAGCACAAACCUCUCAGGACUCCUACCACGACAAGGCCAGAGAACACCCUGAUGACGGAAAGCAUCCAGAUGGAGGACUCUACAACAAGGGACCCUCUUACUCAACUUAUUCCGGGUACAUAAUGAUGCCAAAUAUGAAUAAUGACCCAUACAUGUCAAAUGGAUCUCUUUCUCCACCCAUCCCGAGAACAUCAAAUAAAGUGCCCGUGGUGCAGCCAUCCCACGCCGUCCAUCCUCUCACCCCCCUCAUCACUUACAGCGACGAGCACUUUUCUCCAGGAUCACACCCGUCACACCUCCCAUCGGAUGUCAGCUCCAAACAAGGCAUGUCCAGACAUCCUCCAGCUCCCGAGAUCCCUACCUUUUAUCCCCUGUCUCCGGGUGGUGUUGGACAGAUUACCCCACCUCUUGGCUGGUUUUCUCAUCAUAUGAUUCCCGGUCCUCCUGGUCCCCACACAACUGGCAUCCCACAUCCAGCUAUCGUAACGCCUCAGGUCAAACAGGAACACCCGCACACUGACAGCGACCUAAUGCACGUGAAGCCUCAGCAUGAACAGAGAAAGGAGCAGGAGCCGAAAAGACCUCACAUUAAGAAGCCUCUGAAUGCUUUCAUGUUAUACAUGAAAGAAAUGAGAGCGAAUGUCGUAGCUGAGUGCACUCUAAAGGAAAGCGCAGCUAUCAACCAGAUUCUAGGCAGAAGGUGGCAUGCCCUCUCUCGCGAAGAGCAGGCUAAAUAUUAUGAAUUAGCACGGAAGGAAAGACAGCUACAUAUGCAGCUCUAUCCAGGCUGGUCUGCAAGAGACAAUUAUGGUAAGAAAAAGAAGAGGAAGAGAGAGAAACUACAGGAAUCUACAUCAGGUGGAAAACGAAGCUCCUUCCCAACGUGCAAAGCCAAGGCAGCGACCCCGGGACCUCUCCUGGAGAUGGAAGCUUGUUGACCACCCAGACUGUCUCCACGGCUUGCCCAGUCGACCCCAAAGGAGAAAUGACACCAACUUCACCCUGAGGUCACUGCUAGAGACGCUGAUCCAUAAAGACAAUCACUGCCAAACCCCCUUUCAUCUACUGCGAGAGCCAAGUUCCACAAUAAAAAGCAUACAAGGUUUUUCAAAAGAAAAAAAAGCACAUGAGAAUGCUAGCGGGCCCUGGGUCAGCUGAGCAGCUUUCCUCCCCCGUCUCCGCCAUGCACUUCCCAGAGCAUCCCGCCUCCAUACCUGUAACCUCCUGGCAAGGACAGUAACUUGGGCCGCUCUUGCCUGCCCCGAGCACCGGGAGCGGCCGCGGCACAGCCGUCAGCGUCCUGGGGGGAACUUGUGGAAGAGUUCCCUCUUUGUUUCUGGCUUCGUGUUUGUUUCUCUUUUCCUCAAGCUUUUAUUUAACAGUGCAAAAGGAUCGAUCUUGUUUGCUUCUUUUUUUUUUUUAAACUUGAAUUUUUUUAAUUUACACUUUUUAGUUUUAAUCUUCUUGUAUAUUUUGCUAGCGAUGAGCUUUUUAAGUAAAAUCGAAAGAUCUGGAAGAGUUUGAAAUAAAAACGAAAUGAAAAGAAGCCUUCUUCUUUUGAGGGCUAUCUUGUCCGCUAAGGGGCUUCUCCGUGAAUUGCCUGUCAUAAUAGUGGCCUGUCUUUGUCAGGUGUCCGAUAGAGCUAAGUAAACCUAACAGUCCACUGUGUGGGUGGCAGUUGGCAGUCCUCUUUCAUUUUAUUUUUCUUAUGAUCUCUUCUCUUUUUUUAAAAUGGUAAACCUUAACAGAUACCUUUCAGCAGACCAGUUUGCAGUGAAUUUUCAUUUCUUUCCUUCUCACCCUCUUGUAAAAAGCCCAGCACUUGAAUUGUUAUUACUUUAAAUGUUCUGUAUUUGUAUCUGUUUUUAUUAGCCAAUUAGUGGAAUUUUAAGCCAGUUGUUAAAAUGAGCAUUGAUGUACCCAUUUUUUUUUAAACAGCAAGGCACAGCCUUUGCCCAAAACUGUCAUCUAACGUUUGUCAUUCCAGUUUGAGUUAA